AUCAUUAAUAUCAGUAGGUAAAAUAGUUUAAGAUAAAGUGAGUGAGAAUUUGUAAUUCCAUAAAUUUGUCUCAUAUAAGUUUUUCCUGGCUUUUACCAUCUUAUAUGUAAUGUUUGUUAUGGCGUUUAUAAUUCCCGACAAAAUAUUAGAGCCAUUAAUUUGUACUUUCUGCCAUAAAUACUUAUCAGUAAAACCCGUAACAGUUUAUCGAAAUAGAGAUGUAGAAUGUGGACGUUGUACACAGGCUGAUAAACAAAAUCAAAGAAUAGGUGUUGAAUCCCUAUAUGGAAGAAUUGCUGAAACAUGUUUAUUUAAAUGCAUUAACAGAUUUGAUGGAUGUCGCGAAUUGUUAACAUAUUCCCAAGUUGUCGAUCAUGAAAAGAUAUGUUUGGAAAAAAUUCAUAAGUGUCCAAUUUGUUAUGAAGAAGUGACGAGUUUUCUAAUCCUUCGACACUUUAAUUCCAACCAUAAGGAUGCGGUAUUGAAUUCUCCUGCAUUUGUUUUUGAUUUAAAUGAUUAUUCAGAAACGCCCAGUACUUUUAUAUAUCAAGAAGAAGAUAAUUUAUUUUUUCUAUAUAUUAGCUACAGUAAAUCAGAAAAUACAAUAAAAUUAGAAUUGGUUUAUUUGGGAAGUGAUAAAUUAGCUUUAAAUAUAUACCACCAGUUUACAGUAACUAGCAAAAACAAAGAUUUUUAUAUUAACUAUAAUUCAAAACCUUCACAUACUAAUGAGUUUUUCAUUGUGGAUGCAACGAAUAUGUCAAAUUUAAUAAAUGUUAAAUUUAAGUUAAUUUAUCACAACUUACAAUUUUUCACUAUAUCAGAAAAUGAUCAUUCGUCAAGCAUUAAGAAUAGUUCAUUAGAAAACCAGAUAGACACCCAAGAGAAAAAUCAGUUCAUUUAUAAAAGCAAGUUCGAUCUCACAUCCGAAAUUGUUGAAUUUCCCUUAGAAUAUAAUCCAGAAUGUUUUAAUUGUAAAGAGAGUUGUAUCUUUUCCCUGUCUGACUUUUAUCCCGUAACAUAUUAUUACAGUCCUACACAUAAAGAUUUUCUUUGCUUUUGUUGUUUUGAGUGGUUAACCGAUGAAAAUAAAACGAAAGGAAACCAUUUAUACUUGAAACAAAUGAUGACGUCAUCUUUUCUGUCACGCUUUUGCAAAUAUAAUUGUGGUCAACAUUUUUCGUUUUCAAAAAUAUUAGAACAUGAAGUAUUGUACUGCACAAAAAGUAUGGAUUAUUAUAAUUGUCCUGUCCAACAUUGUCUAAAAAAAGAUGUUGCUUCAGGGCUGAGGAAUCAUUUGAGUGCCCAUCAUGGUUAUACGCUAUGUGCUUCUUUCUUUGACUUACCGUACCUCCCAACGAAGUGUUUUGUGUUCUUAAAAGGUAAUUUUAUACAUUUUCAACUAACUAAAGGCACAAAAAGUAGGUAUGAUGUGGAAUGUAAAAUAGUAACAAAAGAUUCUGUAAUACAAUCAAAAUGGAAACCACAUGUGCUUUUCUUUAAUAAGAGCAGCAUACUAAAACCAUUAGAAAAUCUUCAUAUUGAAGAAUUUUCUUUAAGACACAACUAUAGGUCCCCGCAGUGUUCAGCAAAGAUUGUUUUAGUGAAAAAUGAAUAGCAAAGUAUUUUGUUUAAUUUUAUUGCAGAUAGAUUGUAAGAUGUUUAUUAGAUAAGUUAAUAAAAUGUUUAUUUUU